GGAGAAGAAGCUGGUGGUCUGGUCAUUUAGAUGAAAGCCCGUAGAGAUGAGGUUCCAGCUUCUCAUUUUGACCCUCUCAACUGGACUUGUGGCACCUGCUAGUUUACCGGAAAUUACGGGUUACGCAAAAGUGACUAAGAAUGGCGAAGAAGCCGACAAAAGUCACGGCGGACCACUCAGCUGGAUCAUGAGGACCUUCAACCCCAACGCAACGAAAGUACCGGAAGUUAUCGAGGGAAGAAGCGGUUCGGACAUCAGCAUAACGGUUUCACCUGUCUACGUUCCUCCGAAAAUUCCGGAACUCCACAAAGGCGAAGCGGUCGAUUAUCCGACGACCAAAAGAUAUUCGACGCUCGACGAAGAAAUGAUCGCUCAUUUAGACGCCAAGGCUGCGGGUAGAUCGAGACCGGCCCAAGACAGAUUUCACCCUCCAGCGUCCUUCCAGCACGACGUAGCUCACGCGAACGCAGCUAGAUUGCAGCAAAUGGCGGGAGGCGGUAGCAGCAGCGGGGGCGGCAGUUCCUCCCCAUCUUCGUCCGCUCCUGCGGGAUCUGCUUCAAAUUCGUUCGGUCCAAGUGCGGGAUAUUCUUCACCGGUUUUCCCAGGAAGCUACGACUACAAACCACCGAGUUUCGUCGACGUCAAACCAUCCGCCGUGAUACCGUCCUCCGUGGAGAGUUUUUCAGCGCCCGAUUCAUUUCCAAAGAGUCCCAGUUCUUACGAUUCGUUCGGGCCAUCGCCGGGGUCUUACGGCCCCCCGGCGGAUUAUCCUGAUCCGGAGUCGCACGACCACGACCACGAUCACGAUACCGAAAUCACCAAGGAGCUUCACAGUUCGAACUACGGAUCUGGACCAAUUUAUGGUGGCUCGGUACCUCCGAAGCCUGUAGAAUAUGCCGGUCACUUCGACCGUCCAUCUUUCGUAGACGAUCCUUACAUCCACGAUCACGAUCACGAUCACGACUACCACCAUGAUAUCAUUUACGAUCAUUUACCCGACGAUCACACGACACCUCCUCCGGAAAUGAUGGACCAACGACUGAGCAAACGACCUUACUCGUACUACUACAUCGGAAAGAAAUUGUGGUACAUUCCACUUUACUUCAGUAUAUAUUUCAUCAUCUACAUCGCGGCGUUGAUUCUGAAGAGCAUUGCCAGGCACAAGAUAAAUUUUCCGUCGACCCUCGCUGCUGCCGCAGCUGGAAACAGCAGGAGCGUCAAAUCGAAUGAAGGUCCCGGGUGGCUCGAUAUGACCGUCAAAGUUCUGGAAGGCAUCGAGACCGCAAGAAAGGCUUUCGGGAAGAAUUGA